GUGCUCAGCGGAACUGAGAAUCGCAUACCGGGAUGAAGAAGAGAUUGCAUUUAUUUUGCAUUAGGAGCAAACGAAGCUGACUCGAAAGGAUUUUGUUUUUCUAACUUUGGAAUAUAAUUCGGAAUUAUCUUUUCUUUUAAAGCUCGUAUAAGAAAUGAAGCCAUUGCGCAUAAAUGCGUAGCUUUUCGAGUUCUUUAUAGCUGCGUGCCAUCGUUCCGGAUUACUAUUUAAAAGCGUGGACAUACAAGUCAUUCUGUAAAAAUUUGAGGUCCCGAUACUGAUUUGUUCUGCUUUAACUUAGCUGUUGUUUUUCAAGCGAGCUGCUUAAAAGAAAAUUUAAAGGCGAAUUUUAUUAACGGCGAUGCCCAGAGAGCUGACACAAAAUCGAAUCCAAAAAAUCUGGAUUCCCUCAAAGGAUGAUAAACCAGCAGUUCCUCAUAGAGCUGGAGGGCCAUAUUUCACAAACUCGCCUACAGUGAUUGUAAUGGUGGGAUUGCCUGCUCGAGGAAAGACAUACAUUUCAAAAAAGUUGACUCGCUACCUCAACUGGACCGGUGUCCCAACAAAAGUGUUCAAUGUUGGAGAAUAUCGCCGUGAAGCUGUCAAACAAUACAGCUCUUAUGACUUCUUCAGGCCAGAUAAUCAGGAGGCAAUGAAAAUCAGAAAACAGUGUGCCUUAUCAGCCUUGGAAGAUGUCAAAUCUUACCUGCUAGAAGAAGGUGGACAAGUUGCAGUCUUUGAUGCCACCAAUACAACAAGGGACAGGAGAGAUAUGAUUCUUAAUUUUGGAAAAGAAAAUGGUUUCAAGGUAUUUUUUAUUGAAUCAGUUUGUGAAGAUCCAAAUGUUGUGGCAACAAAUAUAAUGGAGGUGAAAGUAUCUUGUCCGGAUUAUAAAGACUGCAAUAAAACAGAUGCCAUGGAAGAUUUUCUUAAAAGAAUAGAAUGUUACCGAGCUUCAUACCAGCCCCUGGACCCAGAUAAUUAUGACAGGGAAAUGUCUUUUAUUAAAGUGAUUGAUGUAGGAAGGAGAUUUCUGGUGAAUCGUAUUCAGGAUUAUAUCCAAAGCAAGAUAGUCUACUAUCUUAUGAAUAUUCAUGUGCAGCCACGUACCAUUUAUUUGUGUCGUCACGGAGAAAGUGAGCACAAUGUUCUUGGUCAAAUUGGAGGAGAUUCUGGCUUGUCCUCUAGGGGAAAAAAGUUUUCAGGUGCUUUGUCCAGGUUUAUGGAGGAACAGAACUUAAAGAAUCUGAAGGUUUGGACAAGUCAGUUGAAAAGAACCAUUCAAACUGCAGAAACUCUAAGCAUGCCUUAUGAACAGUGGAAGGCACUCAAUGAGAUUGAUGCUGGAAUAUGUGAGGAAAUGACAUAUGAACAAAUCAAAGAAAGGUAUCCUGAGGAAUUUGCACUGAGAGAUCAAGACAAAUAUUACUACCGCUACCCAACUGGGGAGUCUUAUCAGGACUUAGUUCAGCGAUUGGAGCCAGUCAUCAUGGAGUUGGAGAGACAAGAGAAUGUGCUUGUUAUCUGUCAUCAGGCAGUCAUGAGGUGUCUUUUGGCUUACUUCUUGGACAAAAGUGCCGAUGAAAUGCCGUAUCUUAAGUGUCCACUGCAUACCGUACUAAAGCUGACCCCUGUUGCUUAUGGUUGCAAAGUUGAAUCUAUCUACCUGAAUGUUGAAGCAGUAAAUACACAUCGCGAAAGGUCAGAGCAGGAUGUAAAGCGGGGACCUAGUACUCUCAUGAGACGCAAUAGUGUUACUCCAUUGGCAAGUCCUGAACCUACAAAGAAGCCAAGAAUAAAAAGCCUGGAUGAUCAUAUGGCAUCAACUUCAACAUCUUUGUCUGGAUUCACAGCUUCAGACAUUUCCACAACAGGACAACCAUUGCUAGGUAAAGCUUGCAUGACUUGAAAAGAAGAAAUUCAGAUGUACCUGAAGAGGCACAUGAUGUUGAAUGAUUCCCAGUACUUCCCCCAAUUUCUUGGACCUAAGUGGAAACCAGCAUCACUUCAUAGUUAUAUCAUAAUGUGUUGCUAUUACUUUCCUUGUGUGUGGACUAAACUGAAAUAACUAAAACUGUAUUUGCAAAACACAAUUACUUAUUUUCUUAGCUGAGUCAAUGAAUGUAUUGCCACUGUAAAGAUAUAAAAGUGCUUAUUAGUACACAGUUUACAUAUUUAUUUUUUGUAUUAAAAGCAAAUCUCAUUGUUGAGAUCUCUGAACAUUGUAGAUAAUGUAAAUAUGGUAUCAUAAUGUUAAAUAUCUAUUUUCUAAGCAUCACUGCAGAAAUGCAAUGAUCGUCAUUGCCUAUACUCUGGACAUUUUACAGCAUUUAUACUAUUUAUUGCAUAACCAUGCUAAAAAUGUAAAGUCAAAUUAAAUUGCCUAUACUCAGUAAUGCAAUGUGUCAUAUGAAUGAUUUCUUGUUUUGUUUUAAAAUGCUUAGGGUAAGACAAAUUCUAGAUAUUUUGGUAAAAGUAUAAAAUCACCAGGCAAUGGCUCUGGUGAAUGGCGCUUAAAUCAAUUUUGUCCCAGUCACUUGCACUAGAUUUCUUUUUUUUCUGUUUUAAUUAAAAGCACCUUACAAAGCAUUACUCCAAAAAUGUUGGCAGAAUGUUGAACGAAGUGUGUAAUUGUAGUUGACUAAUUUUAUUAUAGUGUACACUUUAGUCAUUGCCAUGCAGGAUUAAUAUUAAACGCAAGUCUAUAUAUUUCAUUUCAUUAAAAUUCGUAAUCCUGGUGUUGCUAGCAUUGGCAGUCUGUAAUAGCCAGGGCAACUUGCACACCGCUGAAUACGACAAUGAGAUUGAACUAAAGAACUACAGCUUUUAGGUGUGUGGCGUGUUUUUUAUUCGUCUUAAACCAAAAUCCAUUGCUAGUAGAUUUACUGGUGGUUGUGUGCAAGCAAUUUAGCUUACAUAGCUACUUAAGACCUAAGCAGAGUAUUAACUGGAUCAUAUUAACUGCCAUCAUUUUAUGUCUUUACAGUAUUAUAUCCAAGCUGAAAUGCAUAAAUCCUUACCAAAAACUUUAUAGACUUUUGUCAAAAAUAACACCCCACCACACAAGUUAUUCAUUUUUUUCUAAUGUAUUUAUUUUAAUGAAUGUAUUUGUUUUAAACAACUUGAAAUUGUAGUCUCAACUUGUGUGUCUGAAAUUUACAUUUUUUGGAUGAAGCUCUUAAUAUUCCAAAACGUGCAACUUAUGCCCUCCUUUGGGAGUAAAAGUGAGGUGCCAGAUAUAUUUGGAGUUAAACAGAAGCAAUAUUUUAUUCUUUGUGUGUGACUGGACUGUGUGUAAAUGUUUUCUCAAGAGUAGUGUAUUUGCGAGAGUAGUGUAUGUGUGUUUGCAUGUUGUUGGUUCACAUCCCAUCACUUAUUUAAUUUAUGUUGAGUAUAAGUGUCUGCCUUUAAGUGGUAAUGCUGCAGAACAGGUUAACCAUAGUGCCUACUGUGUCUGCCUGGAAGAUGAACAUUUGUUAUGUAAAGUAAGCAGCACCAGCAGAAUUAAUUAUGUGACAGGGUUUUAGCUAUAAAUACUGAACUGUGUGUCUGGUGACUGUGCUGUAAUUUAUUAACUUUAAGCCUGGUCUCUAAUGUUUGAGUGAAGAAUACACAGGUUUGGAUAUUUAUUUAUUUAUUUAGGUUUUUUAAAGGGAAUUUAUAAAUGUAUGUAAUUGAGAAGUGUCAGUUUUGCUUGCUAAACUUGUGUUGGUAUUGAUUAAAACAGCUUGUAUUUGUAAGCUGCACAAAGAAUUUGAUUUUUCAUUUAUUUCUUUUUAAGAUGUCUUGAGUCCAUUGAGUUGUCUGUACAUUUAAUACCCAUUUAUGCUUUUGCUUUGGCAUGGUUCUGUCAAUGGGCCUACUUUUAAAUGUUACUUUCUGUACUUUUUAAGAAAAUUUUGAUUUUGUUUUACUUAAUUUGGCAGAAAUAAUUUUGUAUAGUUGUUUCAAAUUGUAUUUUUGUUUACUUUUUAAGUAACUGUACAGUUAAGGAAUUUUUCCUCAUUUGUCUACAUUUGUGUUCAUUGCAUAAUUUUAAUUUGGUUAAUUUCAGCAAUACUGUUAUAUGCCUUUCAAUCUGUUUUGCAGAGCCUGGUCCAAUAAAUGGAUAUGCACAUUUUUGAGA